UUCGGCUCGAAGAAGACCUGUUCUUCCGGGAAAAUGGCGACUCCCGCUCGUGCCCCGGAGUCCCCGCCGGUCGCGGAUCCGGCGCUAGCCGCGGGGGCUGCUGAGGAAUCCGAGUGCACGCCGCCUCGCCAGCCUCAGCCCCCGCAGAAUGUCCUCGCUGGCCCGCGGCUUCGAGCCCCAAGCUCCCGAGGACUUGGGGCGGCGGAGUUUGGCGGAGCUGCAGGAGAUGUUGAAGCGCCAGGAGAGACUUUUGCGCAACGAAAAAUUCAUUUGCAAAUUGCCCGACAGAGGUAAAAAGAUCUUAGACUCUUUUGCCAAACUGAAAGCUGCCAUUGCAGAACGUGAAGAAGUUAGAGGAAAAACUGAACUGUUUCAUCCUGUUAGUUUAGACUGUAAGCUAAGGCAAAAAGCAAUUGCAGUUGUUGAUGUGGACACAGAUAAGGCCCAGAAUUCUGACCAGAUACUUGAUACUUCGUCUCCAGUUUGUGGCUGUUCCUCUGUAAGUAACUUCAAGUCGUCUGAAACAACCUCACAACCACAUCCUACUCACAAAGGCGAUGAAGAGGCUCCCGAGGUUGAGGACACAGUGAGCAAGUGCCCGGUUCCCAGUAGCAGAGCGAGUGUGCCUUCCUCUUCUGAAGCUGGUGAGCGUCUCCCUCAGCGUCGUGUUUCAAGUCAGGCAGAAGAUCAUUCCAGCAGCUCGGACAACCUGUUUAUUGAUAGGUUACAAAGGAUCACAAUUGCGGACCCAGGUGAACAGCAUUCAGAACAGGACAGGAGUGCUGAGAACUUGGCAGGGCUUUGUCGUGGGGCACAGAAGAAGCCUCAUUACAUGGAAGUGCUAGAAAUUCGAGCCAAGAACCCAGUGCCCCCACCACAUAAAUUUAAAACUAAUGUAUUACCUUCACAACAAAAUGAUUCAUCUAGUCAUUGGCAGAGAACAGGGUCUCCCAUUUCCUUGGAAGAAAGGCGGCUCAGGGAUAAGAAGCAUCUUGAUGACAUCACAGCAGCUCGGCUCCUGCCACUUCACCAUAUGCCCACACAGCUGCUCUCCCUGGAAGAAUCUGUGGCACUUCAGAAACAGCAGAAACAGAAUUAUGAGGAGAUGCAAGCCAAGCUCGCGGCACAGAAAUUAGCUGAAAGGCUUAAUAUAAAGAUGCAGAGCUAUAAUCCGGAAGGGGAGACUUCCAGGAAGUACCGAGAAGUAAGGGAUGAAGAUGAUGAUCAGUCCUCUGGUGAGGAGUUCUGAAGACGGACAUUGGGAUAAUGCCUGAAUCUCUGUCUGCUGAGAUGUCAUGGUCACAUCAGACUUUCUAACAAGUAUCAAGAUCAGUGUCAGGCAUUGUUGAGGGAAGGAAUUUUAUAAAGUUACACAAAGGUAGCAUUAAAAGAGCCCAGUUUGUCUUUCAGGAGAGGACUUUGAUGUGCUUAAGAAGUUUAAUAUUUGAAUAUUGUGUUUGACCAUAUUGUAUUAAAGUUCUGCAGUAUGCUGUGUGUUGGUCUGAUAUUUUAGUACAUAGUAAGCACGGUUUUAUUUUCCACUAAGCCAAAUGAAAGCGGGUAACUGCUCUUUUCCUUAUUCUUACCUCUGUGGAAUAGCAUU